CAAUUAAAAUAAAAAAUUAAGAAAAUACUGUCUAUUGAAAAGUAUAUUAAAAUAAAAAUGUCAAAAAUCGAUUUCUGUUAUAUUCAAAAAAUUUUACAAAUUUUAUUUAUGCCGCAAUUAAAGAAAAUUUACAUCUUUGAGUAUCAUCAAAAGGUUUUGAAGACAAAAAGUUUUUAGCUUUAAUUUUAAUUAAUAAAUCACAAAUUACAAUUUUGGUUCAUAGUCAGUUUAUUAUCUAUUCGAACUAUUAUUGAAAAAUUUAAUUUGUAAAUUAUUACACAGGACCACAAAAAUUUUUUUUGGAAAAUAUACAUUGACAGGACUAUGUGUUCUAUACGUAUUUUGACGUGCUGAAUUCAAAUCUGGGCCUACUUUUGACCCAGCACGUCACAGUUUCGAGAUAAGUGAAAAAAUACACCAAAAAAUCAAUUUUUUUAAUAAUUAUCGAACUUUUAUAAUGGGACGUAUUUCGCUGAUAUUAUUCUUCAUAUGACAGUUGAAAAUAUCAUAAUUAUUUGUAAGAUUGACUCUUAAUUGUUCCCUAAAUAUGUGAAUGAAAUUUAAAACCGUUAAAUAAUUAAGUAAAAUGUAAUUAAAUGUAUAUAUAUUAAAAAUAUCCUUUCUAUCAUCAUUUCUCUAUUUUUGUAAAUUAGUAGAAAAAAACAAGUUAAUUUUUAAGGUUUGGUUAUCCAGUGCUAGUUUCAGAAGUUAUAAAAAAUUCAAUUUAUUUUUGACGUGAAAAUGUCUUGUAAAAACAGUCCGAACGUUUUUUGUAUUAUUUGUGGGGAAUUUGUUGUUUCAAAGAACAGGAGAUCAUUUUCUGAAUGUGCAAAAGAAAUGUAUCAUGAAUGUUACAAUAUUUCAAUGACUAAUUUGGAUAAUGACUGGACUCCAAAUAUUACGUGUUGUUGGUGUUUUGCUGAUCUCCGACAAUGGAAAAAUGAUGAUAGAAAGAAGGUACGGUUUUAUUCUCCAAUGAUUUGGCGUCAACCUGAAAAUCAUGAAGUGGAUUGUUAUUUUUGUCUCUCAAAAGUUAUUGGUUACAACAGUAAAAAUAUGCAUUUGAUUAAAUACCCCCAAGUAAAAUCAGUGACAUUCCCUGUUGCUUUUAAUGAUAUUGAAAAAAACAAUCUUCUUCCCAAUGAAUCUGAAACUUCACAUUUAUCCACCAUUGAAAAGUCAGUAUCAGAAAAUUUUGAAGUUAAUGACGAAAAGUUUGAAGUUAUUGGACAUGCAGAUUAAGAUGCAGAUACUGAAGAAUCUGACAAUGAGACAACAGAUUUUUCAAUUGAAACCGAAAGUGAUUCUGACUUUGAUGUAAAAAAUGAGCAAACUUCAUUUAAUCAAUUGGAAUUAAAUGAUCUCGUUCGUGAUCUGGGCCUUUCUAAGGAAAGUUCCGAACUUCUCGCCUCUAGGUUAAAAGAAAAGAAUGCUCUUGCUCCUAAAAUUAAAAUCACUUUUUAUCGGAAUAGAGACAUUUCUUUCAGGGCUUUUUUUUCUCGAGAAAAUUCUUUAGUUUAUUGUAAUAAUGUUGAGGGACUCAUAAACACAUUUGGAAGUUAUUCUUAUAAACCUUCUGAUUGGCGACUUUUUCUUGACUCAUCAACUACAAGUUUUAAAGCAGUCUUAUUGCAUAAUGGAAACAUUUACGCUCCUAUUCCCUUUGCUCAUUCCGUGGUUUUGAAAGAAGAAUAUAAAAAUGUAAAAUUUGUACUUGAAAAGCUGCAAUAUGAUCAACAGAAAUGGCAGGUCUGUUGUGAUUUGAAGAUGAUUACAAUUCUAUUAGGGCAACAAAGUGGUUUCACCAAGUACCCUUGCUUUAUAUGCGAAUGGGACAGUCGUGAUCGGAAACAACACUAUAUUAAAAAAGAUUGGCCUGUGAGAAUUGCUUUGUUACCAGGGACGAAAAAUGUUUUACUUCAACCCUUAAUCGACCCGUCAAUGGUGAUACCUCCUCCCUUGCAUAUCAAGCUGGGUUUAGUUAAACAAUUUAUUAAAGGUCUGAAGCUGAACGUCAGUGAAGCCUUUCAAUACCUGUUUAUUAAGUUUCCAAAGCUAUCUGAUCCAAAAAUAAAGGAAGGUGUGCUGAAUGGUCCGCAAAUAAGAGCACUUCUUAAAGACUAUGAAUUUGAACGAAAAAUGAAAGAAAACGAGAAAGCUGCAUGGAUUAGUCUAAAAAAUGUAAUUACCAAAUUUUUAGGGAAUAAGAAAGAUCCGGAUUACAAAAACAUCGUCGAAGAGAUGUUAAAGAACUUCAAAAAUUUAGGAUGUCUGAUGAAUUUAAAAAUGCACUUCUUGCAUUCGCACAUUGACAAAUUUCCUGAAAAUUUAGGAGACUUCAGUGAAGAACAGGGCGAGAGAUUUCAUCAGGAUAUUAAAGAUAUGGAAAGGCGAUAUCAAGGAGCGUGGAAUGAAAAUAUGAUGUCAGAUUACUGUUGGUGUUUGAAUCGCGACACGGCAGUGAAACAUAAAAGGAAGUCAAUUCGAAGGUCAUUUGAAAACAAAAAAACUCGAAAUUUAAAAGCAUUAGUAGAAGAAGAAGAAGAGAAGUGAUCAUUAAUUAGAUAGUUUCUUUGGUUCAAUUUGGUAAGUUAAAAUGUCAGGUUUUCCUUUUUAAUAACAAUAUUUCUUAUUUUAUAUUAAAAGAUAAACCUAAUACAGAAAUCGUUGCUGAUCUUUAAAUGGUUUUUGAAGAUAAUAAAAAUGACAUGAAUGCCAUACAAACUUUUCUCGUUUAAAAACAAACAUCUACGCUCUUUGAAUAUCGUGGAAAAAAGUGCUUUUUACUGAUUUAAUUGGUAAGUUUUACAUUUUAAAAAAAUUUACAGAACAAAUAGGAGUAAAUUCAUACAAAUAUAUAUUAUAAAAUUUUCAACUGAUCUGUGGAAAAUUAUCAGAGAAAUACGUCCCUUUAUAAAAGUUCAAUAAUUAUAAAAAAAAUUGAUUUUUUGGU